AUGGCUUCUCGGAUUCCACCCCAGGCUGAGAACAGAGAAGCGUACACAUGGGACGGCAGAGAUCGCAUCGUAGGGCUGAUGCAGCACAACAUUGGGCUCUACGGUGAGCUCAAGACGGUCAAGAAGAUGCGCUGGAAGAACAUGUCGGUCGAUGUUGCCGGCCGACACACCUUACAGUGGUCUGAUCUGAGAUACUUCACAAACCAGGGGCUGCCGUACGCAGAGGCUGUCUGCAGGAGAUAUGUAGCAGACAAUGUGAAGCCCCUCUGGUGGAGAACUGAGACUAUUGGGUCGUCGAACACGCCCGUUGUCCGCAACAAGGCCGUCGCUCGCAUCAACGUCGCCUUCAGACAUGCGCUGCACAACGCCGGGUAUGACACACAAGGGAAAAGGCUGCCAGAUCAACAGAACGGCCAUCGGUCUGGGGAUAAGGCAAUCACGCACUUGUUCGGAACUGUGGUCAUCAAAAUCCACGCGCCGGCUGAAGUCCACAAAGUGCCAUUCAAGGACCUGCAGGUCUACUGCGAAGGUGUCGUCAAGGCCGUGGAGCAAGCCCUUGGCCAACGUCCUGGGGGCUCCGGCAGAGAAACCAAAGCAGGACCGGGCCUACGUCAACAGGAUCGAGGUCGCUCGAGCGGCGGCAACAGAGGCGGCGGAUCAGUUAGGGGAGGCAGAGGGGGCCAGGCGAAAAAGGCCGGACAAAGGUCCAAAUGGUAG